AUGGAUGCAUUCAAUCAAGCUUUCCUUCUGCUGCUGCCUUUGCUGGGGGUACUGAGUGACCCUAUCACAGACAGCAGCUACUUCAACUUCACCUCUACUCUCUCUUUUAGAAACGCCAAUGAGAUAAACAUGACAUCAGUGUGUGGACGCCCCCAAAGCAGAAGUCGAAUUAUCUCAGGACAAGAUGCCCAGGCAGGGCAGUGGCCAUGGCAAGUCAGUCUUCAUGAAAAAGGAAUACCCGUAUGUGGUGGCUCACUCAUUUCUCCAAACUGGGUGCUAACAGCUGCCCACUGUUUUAAACACUCCUUGACUCCCUCAGAAUAUUCGGUAGUAGUGGGCUCACUCUCAUCCUACGCAGACUUCACUGAUGGUGUGCAGAUUAAAAGAGUGCUCCAGUUCAUCCCACACCCCAGCUAUCAAGAAGAGUUUGGUCCUGGGGACAUUGCUUUGAUUCAAAUGGAGUCAUCAGUCAACUUCAAUAACUUCGUGGCCCCCAUCUGCCUUCCAGCAAUUGAAGACCAAAUAAUAGAAGGGAAUCUAUGCUGGGUGACUGGCUGGGGAUGGAUUGGGGAAAAUCAACCGCUCCUUCCACCUUUCACCCUGCAAGAAUUAGAGGUUCCGCUCAUUAGCACCCAGACCUGCGAUUACUACUACCACCAGGAAUCAACUGUCUCUCCUCUUCAGCCCAUCAUUUUAUUUGAUAUGAUUUGCGCUGGCUUUCCUGAGGGUCAAAAGGAUGCCUGCCAGGGUGACUCUGGAGGACCACUGGUUUGCAAUAUCAAUGAAGUCUGGUUCCAAGCUGGAAUUGUAAGCUGGGGAGAAGGCUGUGCCAAAAAAUAUAAGCCUGGAGUCUACACCAAUGUCAUUGUCUACAAAAAUUGGAUCCUAAGCAUAGUUCCAGAAGCUGGGAUCAUUGACGCUGCUGCUCCUGGACCCACCAGACUGCUCUUCUCUAUAUUGCUGCUACCGACUCUACUUUUAUUGGGGAGUUCCUCCUUUGACUUGGAGAUGUGCUAA